AUGAAACUCUUAAGCGUUAUUGUAUUCUUUGCUGCCCUCUACGAGAUCCAUUCGGCCGCCACUCGUUACUGUGGACCAAAUCUGUAUCAAAUUCUCGACGCCGUAUGUACAAAUGGUUUCAAUGGAAUGCAAAUCACUAAAAAAUCGGGUAAAAAGGAAUUAACCAAUGAUUUGGACAUUUUCAAUGAAAUCGGCGAUGUGAGUCCCUUCGCUUCGGAUUCCCUAUUGAAUGAAAUGUUCUACAGUGAUCGUGAUAAUGUCUUGGCCAAAACUCGCCGCAUGCGACAUUUGAAUGGUGUCUAUGAUGAGUGCUGCCGCAAGGGUUGCACCAUGAAUGAAUUGUUAAGUUAUUGUCUCUAA